AACCAGCAAAAAUGUGGUUAGAAGAAGCCGAGGAAUUGUUUAAAGGAUAUCUACCCUAUUACGUUUUGAUCGUUUUACCUAUUUUUAUUAUCAUAUCCCCCGCUAAUCCCGUGCUAGCCUCGCAUGAGUUCCCCGUUUACAGAAUGCAACAUUUCGACUUACACGGAGUGGCACACGGUUCCAGAAGCGCUGCUGUGAACCUAGAAGCGCGGUCCCUGACGGGCUGGAGCACCUCUCGCCAUUGCGUGAUAGUGAAGCUCCAAGAUUUGACGAUAGAUCACUUCCGGAACAUUCGAGCCAAAGCCGGUGCUUUGCUGGUUGUGUUGCCAAAUGAUUUGUCUGGGCUUAAUUCUGACGAGAAGCAACACCUUCUGUUGCUUGAGCAGGCCAUGCUGGCGCAGGAAAUAUCAGUACCUGUGUAUUUCGCUAUUUGGACUGGGGAACUAGAGACUAUUGUCGAUGAAGUGUCUCAAAACGUUGCCACAAAUGAUUUGAGCAAAUCAGCAGCCGAGGCCAUGUUCAGUUCAGUGGCUGCAAACGGGUAUCAGUUUGUUGUUUCUCCAGGGACCACGAAUGUUAAGCAAGACGUUAAAGUUGCAACUAUCCAAGGACACCUCUCGGGGUACAGCCAAGAGGGCAAAAUACCGACUCUGGCAGUGGUUGCACACUAUGACAGCUUUGGCGUCGCACCUAAUUUAUCAUUUGGGGCCGAUUCCAACGGUUCAGGCGUUGUGAUUUUAUUGGAAUUGGCGAGACUGUUCUCAAACUUGUACUCGGACCCGAAAACUCGCGGGAAAUAUAACUUAGUUUUUUUGCUGACUGGUGGCGGAAAAAUAAAUUAUCAAGGGAGCAAAAAGUGGCUUGAGGACCAACUUGACUCCUUAGACGGCUCCAUCAUUCAAGACGCCUCGUUUGUCAUGUGUUUAGACACUCUUGCAUCGGGGGAUUCCCUCUAUAUGCACGUCUCUAAGCCUCCGAAUGACGGCUCUCCUGCGUCAUUAUUUUUUAAAGAACUGAAAGCAGCAGCUGAUCAAUUUCCAACUACGACAGUAGACGGUGUCCAUAAAAAAAUUAACCUUGCUGAUGAUAUUCUAGCGUGGGAGCAUGAGAGAUAUAGCAUUAGGAGACUACCAGCUUUUACGCUUUCCACAUUGAAGAGUCACAGAGAAUUGACAAGGGGAACAAUUUUAGAUACACGCAAAAACCUCAAUGUUGAGAAAUUGAACCAAAACACGAAAGUGAUAGCUGAGGCUUUGGCAAAUUUCGUUUAUAAUACCUCACUGAGUGAAAUUUUUGGUGGUUCUUUGGACGUGGAUAAGAGCUACUUAGAAGCGUGGAUAAAUUACUUAACUUCGCAGCCAAGGGCCACUCAACUUUUAAGCAACAAAGAUAAUGCUCUAGUCACAUUUUUAAAAGAUAAUUUUAACAAAUAUCUCAGAGAUGUUAAAGUGUCUUACGCAGUUCCUGAUAAGCGAGACCCCGAUUUUCUUUUUUACGACGUCACCAAAGGUGUAGUCAAUGUUUAUGGCGUUAAACCAGCAAUAUUUGAUCUCGUCUUAACUUUCGCAAUAAUUCUCUACUUAGGAACUGUCUACCUGUUUGUACAAAAAUUCCCAGCUUUGUACUCCACAGCAUGUUCUUUAACUUCAAGCAAACCAAAACAGAACUAAACAAGUUGCCAAAUUACUUGUACCGUAUCCAAAAAUUGUAUUAAUAAUGUUGUAUUAUUUCUGUUGUUACAUAAUAUAAGAGUUUACAAUAAAUUCAACUGGAAAAGA